AUGUUUGAGCUGUCAACGUCCAAGGACGAGUUUGCCUCUGCUUACAAGCUAGAAAUCGACGCAGGUACCACAGCUGACGUCGACGUCAAUGGCUUGAAAUUGGGUCGUUGGUCCAGUGGAUUCUUGGAGUUUUAUGGCGACUGCAUUCCCAAUGGUUUCAUGGCCUUUCUCUGUCCUGGAGUCUCUGUGGCUCAGAUCAUGGCUCGAUUGGGGUUAAUGCGCUAUAAAAUAGUGCUUCAACUUUAUGCUGCGCUCUAUUUCCUGGUCCUAUUGGCUAUUUCGGCAAACAAUACCGUCAUCAACUUUAUUUGUGUCGUGGCUGCAAUUGUCGCAGCAUUAGCAGUCGCCCGACUGCGAACUAAAAUGCGCACAUUGUUUGACAUUCCGGGAAACGCAUUGCUUGAUGUUACAAGUGCGUUUGUGUGUGGACCUUGUACAAUUGCACAAAUGGCGAGUCAUGCUGAAGCUUAUCAGUCGGGGUCAUGCUCAUUCCGCGCUCGAUCAACGCUGGAAGGAUAUGUUCUACAUAAUUAUGAGCUUGUCAUGAAAAUGGCUACACAUAUAGCUGACAGUAUGAUUACGUCAGCAUCAUGA